GAGCACUGGAGGUGGGCGCCCCGCUGGACUCACUUCAGCCCAGGAAAGUCGUGGCCGUCAGCUUUGCGGUCUUGGCUGGAUCCUCCCUGCGGCCGCCUCGCAAGAUGACGAUUUGCUUCUCCCAGAUGUGCUUUCCUCCUCACCUCCCUCCUUGGGAAGGCAUUCGUCUAGCGCCCAGGUGGUCUCCCGCGACCUCCCCUCCGCUCGUCCUCUGAGAAGUUCCACCAGCGCUUGCGCGCUGGGGUCGCGGCUUGAUGAUCCCCACCCUCGAGGAGGCUCUGGUCAGUGAAGAGCCAGAAAACGGGAUUUGGGGCCAGGUGCCUGGUGCCCACGCCUGCUUCUCUACCAUUUAGUGUACAACUGUGACCGUGGACACCUUUCAUAACCUCUCAGCUUCAGUUCCUUCAUCUACAAAAUAGACAUAACAGUACCAACGUCAUAGGAUUGGAAGGGCUUAUGAGAUCUCUCACCAGCCCACACCAGUUAUCCUGUUGAAAGAGGGGACUGAUAGCUCCCAAGGCAUCCCCCAGCUUGUAAGUAACAUCAGUGCCUGCCAGGUGAUUGCAGAAGCUGUAAGAACCACCCUGGGCCCUCGUGGCAUGGACAAGCUGAUCGUAGAUGGCCGAGGCAAAGCAACGAUUUCUAAUGAUGGGGCCACAAUUCUGAAACUCCUUGAUGUUGUUCAUCCUGCAGCAAAGACGUUAGUGGACAUUGCCAAGUCCCAAGAUGCUGAGGUCGGUGACGGCACCACCUCAGUGACCCUGCUGGCUGCAGAAUUUCUGAAGCAGGUGAAACCCUAUGUGGAGGAAGGUUUGCACCCACAGAUCAUCAUCCGAGCUUUCCGCACUGCCACCCAGUUGGCAGUUAACAAGAUCAAAGAGAUUGCUGUGACCGUGAAGAAGGAAGACAAAGUGGAGCAGAGGAAGCUGCUGGAGAAAUGUGCCAUGACCGCUCUGAGCUCCAAGCUGAUUUCCCAGCAGAAAGCCUUCUUCGCUAAGAUGGUGGUGGAUGCAGUGAUGAUGCUCGAUGAUCUGUUGCAGCUUAAAAUGAUUGGAAUCAAAAAGGUGCAGGGUGGUGCCCUAGAGGAGUCCCAGCUAGUAGCUGGCGUCGCGUUCAAGAAGACUUUCUCUUACGCUGGGUUUGAAAUGCAACCCAAAAAGUACAAUAAUCCAAUGAUUGCCCUUUUAAAUGUUGAGCUUGAGCUGAAAGCUGAGAAAGAUAAUGCUGAAAUCAGAGUCCACACAGUUGAGGAUUAUCAGGCAAUUGUUGAUGCUGAGUGGAACAUUCUCUAUGACAAGUUAGAGAGGAUCCAUCACUCCGGAGCCAAAGUCGUCUUGUCCAAACUCCCCAUCGGGGAUGUGGCCACCCAGUACUUUGCCGACAGGGACAUGUUCUGUGCUGGCCGAGUGCCAGAGGAGGAUCUGAAGAGGACAAUGAUGGCCUGUGGAGGCUCCAUCCAGACCAGUGUGAAUGCUCUGUCAGCAGAUGUGCUGGGCCGCUGCCAGGUCUUUGAAGAGACCCAGAUUGGGGGCGAGAGGUAUAAUUUCUUCACUGGCUGCCCCAAGGCCAAGACUUGUACUAUCAUCCUCCGUGGUGGUGCUGAGCAGUUCAUGGAGGAGACGGAGCGGUCCCUGCACGACGCCAUCAUGAUUGUCAGGAGGGCCAUCAAGAACGAUUCAGUGGUGGCUGGUGGCGGGGCCAUUGAGAUGGAGCUCUCCAAGUACCUGCGGGAUUACUCAAGGACCGUUCCAGGAAAACAGCAGCUGUUAAUUGGGGCAUAUGCCAAGGCCUUGGAAAUUAUCCCACGCCAGCUGUGUGACAAUGCUGGCUUUGAUGCCACGAACAUCCUCAACAAGCUGCGAGCUCGGCAUGCUCAGGGGGGCAUGUGGUAUGGAGUGGACAUCAACAACGAGGACAUUGCUGACAACUUUGAGGCCUUCGUGUGGGAGCCAGCUAUGGUGCGCAUCAAUGCCCUGACCGCAGCCUCUGAGGCUGCCUGCCUUAUCGUGUCGGUAGAUGAAACCAUCAAAAACCCUCGCUCAACGGUGGACGCUCCCCCAGCUGCGGGCCGGGGCCGGGGCCGGGGCCGCCCCCACUGAGAGGCACCCGGUCCCUCAUGAGUGGCUGGCGGGCUGGCUGCAGGGUAUGCUUACUCUCCCCGUCUUGGUUAGUUGGUAUUACAAGGAAGGGGUCGUAAUUGGCCCACUCUGUUCUCACUGAGGUUAUUUAAAUAAAGCUUAAGACUUAGAA